AUGGGGAGGGUGGGGUUCGCGGCUGCGGCGGCGUGCGCCGUGGCAGCGUGCGCGGUGGCGGCGGCGCUGGUGGGGCGGAGGGUGAGGGCGCGGCGGCGGUGGUGGCGCGCGGUGGAGGUGGUCGGGGAGUUCGAGGAGGGGUGCGCCACCCCGCUGGGGAGGCUGAGGCAGGUGGUGGACGCGCUCGUCGUGGAGAUGCACGCGGGCUUGGCCUCCGAUGGUGGGAGCAAGCUCAAGAUGCUCCUCACCUUCAUCGACACGCUCCCCGAUGGGAGCGAAGAAGGCAUCUAUUAUGCUCUUGAUCUUGGAGGAACUAAUUUUAGAGUAUUGCGGGUUCAGCUAGGAGGUAAAGGGUCUAUGAUUUUAAGUCAUAAAGUUGAAUCCCAACCUCUUCCGGAAGAAUUAAAGUCCGGAACAAGUGAGAUUCUGUUCGACUAUAUUGCAUCGACGCUAAAAAACUUUGUUGAAAGAGAGGAAGAUGAUUCCCAACAAAAGACAGAUGAGAGAAGGGCACUUGGCUUUACAUUUUCUUUUCCUGUUAGACAAACUUCCGUUUCCUCAGGCUUUCUUAUCAAGUGGACAAAAGGAUUUUCAAUUGAAGAUGCUGUUGGUAAGGAUAUUGCUCGAGGUUUAGAGGAGGCCAUGACCACGAAAGGGUUGAAUAUGCGGGUGGCAGCCUUGGUGAAUGAUACGGUGGGCACAUUAGCUCUGGGUCAUUAUUACGAUCAGGAUACAGUGGCUGCCGUGAUUAUUGGAACGGGUACUAAUGCUUGCUAUAUUGAGCGCACCGAUGCAAUUAUCAAGUGUCAAGGCCUUCUUACAAAUUCCGGAGGCAUGGUUGUCAACAUGGAGUGGGGGAAUUUUUGGUCAUCCCACUUACCGAGAACUUCUUACGAUAUCGCACUAGAUGAGGAGAGCCCUAAUCGCAAUGAUCAGGGCUUUGAGAAAAUGAUCUCUGGAAUGUAUUUGGGCGAAGUAGUAAGAAGAGUGCUACAGAGAAUGGCACAGGAGUCGGAUUUAUUCGGUGAUGCUACUCAAAAUUUAUCUGUGCCAUUUAGUUUAAGCACACCAAUAAUGGCCGCCAUGCAUGAGGACGAUUCACCUGAUUUGGAAAGAGUCCGACAGAUAAUGGAACAAAAUUUCCAGAUGCCGCAUGUUCCUUUGAAGACAAGGAGACUUAUCAUAAGAGUAUGCGACAUCGUCACCCGACGGGCCGCCCGCCUAGCGGCGGCAGGGAUCGUCGGGAUACUGAAGAAGAUUGGUCGUGACGGAAGCGGAAGAUCGAGAAGCAAAUCGCAGAGGACGUCCGUCGCGAUCGAGGGGGGGCUCUACACGGGCUACUCGAAUUUCAGGGAUUAUCUAAACGAAGCCGUGGUCGAGAUACUGGGCGAGGAGGUCGCCCGAAACGUCAUCCUCCGCGUCUCCGAGGAUGGGUCGGGGAUUGGGGCCGCUCUACUUGCUGCUGCACAUUCAUUAGAUAGAUAAAAGAAGGUUCUCCGGUAUAGAAUAUAUACAUGUUAUCUCUCUGUGCAAAUGUAUAAAAGGGGAAUGAUUGUUUUACAAGUCAAAAUAUAAAGCUGGUGUUUGUGCAGAAACCUCUUAAGCCUCUUUUCUAAUCUCUUCCUUUCCCUUUCCUUUUAUCUUUUUCCAGUGUAUAGUGAUGAGGUGACAUUCUUUGUUUCUUCAUGACCUUCCUCUUUCCUGCAAUCUUAUUACAUAAGAAAUGGCUCUUUGAA